AUGCCACCAAGCGUCCGCCCAGUCAACGGUGAAAUGGAAAUUCCAGUGAAAGUGGAGUCGAUCGAGGAAGAAGAGAAUAAUAUGCAACUAAUCGUGUUCGAUGUUAUUCAAGAGGAUGUACCUCAGGAUACUGAAGCUAGAAUAACCUCAACUAUGAUUUCAUGUCCCUCCCUUGGUCACUUUGUGCAUAGAAGAACACUGACGAACUUCGAUUGGAUUCAAUCGAACAAUGGGGUUCAUGGAGGAAGCGGAAACGACGAUUCAAAUGCCAAACAGAUCUGGAAAUACGGGAUCGAUCGGAAUCCAGACAAAAAGAAGAACAUCGAAUAUGUCGAUUGGGAGCAAUUGGAUGAAAACCUGUAUAUGGCGCAGGUCGACGAGAGGCAAAUCCAAUCCAGAAGACGAGAAAACCACCGUCGUCGUCUUCAAGCUCUUCGUGGCGAAGGAACUUUGGUAGAUCCAAUCUUCAUUGUGUUGUCGGACACCGAAGACGAGGAAGUCAUCGUAUUGGAUAGUGAUGCAGAGGAAGUUGAUCCACCAGAGUCUGAUGAAGAAUUCAUAGUUUUUGAUUGA